AUUUAGGAAAUUGGUGCCAAAGUACACAAGUGUAGAGCUGAAGCAGAGAGAGAGAGAUGGGUCGGAUAGCCGUGGUAGCGAUCGCGGCUCUGUGGGUCAUCCCCAUUUCAAUCUUGGUCAAUCGCGUCGUUCCAGAGCCUUACAUGGAUGAGAUAUUCCACAUUCCACAGGCCCAGCAAUACUGCAGGGGGGAUUUCAAAGGCUGGGAUCCCAUGAUCACUACCCCACCUGGCCUGUACUAUCUUUCACUCGCCUACCUUGCUUCUUUGUUUCCAGGCAUCCAAUGCAUAAAGGCAGUGUCAUCAUUUUCUGACCUAUGUUCUGCUGCAGUUCUCCGUUCUACAAAUGGUGUUUUGGCGGCUAUUUGUGGUGUUAUCAUUUAUGAUAUAUUAAUGCACUUAAGACCUGCACUUGGUGAAAGAAGGGCAACUGUGUAUACUGUAGUUUUAACUAUGUUCCCUCUUCAUUGGUUCUUUACCUUUCUAUACUACACGGAUGUAGCAUCACUAACGGCAGUUCUUGCCAUGUAUCUGGCCUGUUUGAAGAGGCGCUAUUGGUUUAGUGCACUGCUUGGGGGCUUGGGAAUAUUUAUUCGUCAAACGAAUGUUGUAUGGAUGUUGUUCGUUGCAUGCAUUGGAGCCAUUAAUUAUAUAUCAGUCUUAGAUAGAAAAGAUGAUGUGCAAUCAGAUGGUCAUGUGACAUCGAUCGGGGAAACUGAUGGAUUAUUUGAAGCAAAGAGAGUGCUGGUUGCAUCAAAUUUGAGAAAGAGAAAGAUGGCAAACUAUGUGAAUAAGGCAGACCACUCUGCUAUUGAAACUGUUGCAUGCUCCUCGACUCAUUCUUCAGCAGGUUUGCUCGAUGAAUUCCAGGACAUUCUUCUAAGGUCGUGGUGUCUGAAGUGGGAGAUUUUGGUAUCCUUCCUCCCAUUCAUCAUGGUAUUGGCUGCAUUUGUCACUUUCGUCUUCUGGAAUGGAAGUGUAGUUCUCGGUGCGAAAGAAGCCCAUGCUGUUUCUCCACAUUUCGCACAGAUAAUGUAUUUUGCUCUAGUUUCAGCUGCAGCCAUGGCUCCGGCCCAUUUCAGUUUAGGACAAGCUGCGGUUUUGUGCCGGCCAUUCGGGAAGAACAGGCUACUUAGUUCCAUUCAAUGGUUUAUGGCUCUUACUGCAGGAUUGAUCUCAGUGCAUUUUUUCAGCAUAGCCCAUCCCUAUCUUCUUGCGGACAACCGACAUUAUACCUUUUAUAUCUGGCGGAAGGUCAUAAAUGCUCAUUGCUCAGUGAAAUACCUGCUGGUCCCGCUUUACGUCUACUCGUGGUUUUCCAUAUUCAACGUCUUAGGUAAAACUCAGAAGAAGAUCUGGGUCUUGCUAUUUUCCUUGGCUUGUGCGGCAGUUCUCAUUCCCACUCCGCUGGUUGAGUUCAGAUAUUACACUAUACCGUUCUAUUUCAUGAUUCUCCAUUCUCGUAUAGAUGAUUACAGAAGUUGGUUUCUCAUAGGGACACUCUACAUAGCCGUGAACAUCCUCACGAUGAUGAUGUUCUUGUUCCGGCCGUUCCAUUGGAGCCAUGAGCCUGGGACCCAGAGAUUUAUAUGGUAGAUUAGAUGGAUAGGAAGGAAUGCUGCAUAGGUCCCACUCAUUAUUCUUGUUGAUCGAAUGAGCUUGUAACAGGUGAUAUCUUGAUAAUUUUGACGAAUUUUGACCUUGUUUGGGUUCAUGUCAUAAGAUCACACCCCACUGGCUUUGGUCGAUCAGAUUGUAGUUGUGCGAUUUGUAUUUAACAGAUCAAAAGAAGGUCCCAGUAACCAGGUCCCAUCACUGUAAUCUGAUCAGUGUGCACCAAUUGCUUGUUGCUGGUGUUAAGAUAUGAUGUGAAACAUGUCUAAGUUCAAUGAAAUCAUCAAUCUUCCCAAUA